AUCUUUUUAGAUAUAUUUUCUUUUUUCACAAACAAGACUGUACUGUUCAGUCAUUGAACUGCGAUAAGAUUGAGAUAUUAUAAUAAUGAUAAUAAAAUCAUUCAUGACUUAGUCGUCUUUCGAAGAAAUAAAGAGUAGCGUAAUAUUCAUUAAAAUGAAAUCCAUGCUGAUUUCGUUACAAUUCAACAACACAAUUAAUUAAUACGACAAGUUAAUUAUUUUACGUGUCAUUUUGCUAAUUAUCAAAUACAUUAAAAACUAUUAUGAAAUAAUAUCGUCACAAAUUUGAAUGGCCGCCUUGCUCCUACCAUGAAAAUGGAAGGGAUAUGUAUGCGCAAUAGGAUUACUGCGCAGCUCUCGCAUCGACGAAUCUCAAAUUCGCAAUAUCGCAGCUUUAGUACGGCAUAUGUAUAACAUGUGUUUACGUUCAGUCGACUUUAUUCUUCGAAACUUAUAACAUACAUUUUGUCGUCUAUUACGUUCAUUUUUGAAGAAGCUUCUCUCAUACGGAGUUAUCUCUCAAGCUGUUCAUCGUAACUAUAAUACUUUAAUUAAAAACUUUUUGUACAUAUUAUAAAAUAUAAUACAACAUUCGUAAAAAUGACUCCACCAAUGGAGCGGAUCCAAAUCUUAGAAACUAUUGAAAAAGAUAUCAUUGUUUGUUUACAAAGUGCAGGGCAAGCGUUUAUGGAAUUAAGUAAGGAAAAGUCUAGUUUAAAGCAAGCAGAAGCCCAAACUCAUCAAUUUUUGAAAACUUUAGGCCAUGUGGAAUCAAAAUUGAGCGAACAAAUUAAUUAUCUUACACAAGUUUCGACAGGUCAACCACACGAAGGUUCUGGAUAUGCGAGUCAAAAGGUUUUGCAAAUGGCCUGGCAUAGGUUAGAACAUGCUCGUAGUAGAGUAAAUGAACUGGAACGCAUAAAAAAUAAACCAAGAUAAAAACUAA